AUGUUUGUACUCGGGCUACUUGCGACGUCUGUUUUUUUGUAUGCCGAAAGCACACACAUAUUUGGAUUGGAUAAGGAUUUCAAUAAAUUAUCAUCGGACAAGGAAUUGAGUAAUCAUGUUCAAGAAGUACUGAAGAGAUUAAAAACUUUCAAAGUGUCUGUCCACCCACGUAUCCGUUUCUUUUACCAACUUUUAAAAAAAGGUAUGUCGGACUACUCGCAUCGCAUCGCUGACUCACUCUACAUACCUAAUGUAUAUCAAAAGGAAAAUAAA